UUUCAGUCCGCUGAAAGCUGCUCGCCGCGCCGCCGCUCUGACCUCUUUACCCCGCUGCGAGGACAUGGGAGCGCCUUGACUCAACCCGGCAUCGAUACACACGGCUCUCCCCCGCCUGUUGGACCCCAGAGACCUGGAGCCAGCCCGCCGCUGAGCGGCUCCGUGCCUAGAAGAAACCACGGUGAAGAGACUACAUGUCCCAGAAUCCCCUGUGAGAGCGUCUUCUUCUCUUCCUCUCGUCUGUGUGUCCUCCCUCCCUCCGUCCAGUUGGUUGGAUGAGUCCCAAACAGCCACAGAAUCGUGAGCAGUGAUCGGGCGCUGAGCCACACCGGGAGCCAACGGUGAGCCAGGCUAGCCAUCAUGGCGGACGUGGACCCAGACACCCUGCUGGAGUGGCUCCAGAUGGGGCAGGGUGACGAGCGGGACAUGCAGCUCAUCGCUCUGGAGCAGCUCUGCAUGCUGCUGCUCAUGUCUGACAACGUGGACCGCUGCUUCGAGACGUGUCCCCCUCGGACGUUCCUGCCGGCGCUCUGUAAGAUCUUCCUGGACGAGAGCGCUCCAGAUAACGUGCUGGAGGUGACGGCCCGCGCCAUCACCUACUACCUGGACGUGUCCGCCGAGUGCACCCGGAGGAUCGUCGGCGUGGACGGCGCCAUCAAGGCGCUGUGCAACCGGCUGGUGGUGGUGGAGCUCAACAACAGGACCAGCAGGGACCUGGCGGAGCAGUGCGUCAAGGUUCUGGAGCUGAUCUGCACCAGGGAGUCCGGCGCCGUGUUCGAGGCCGGCGGUCUGAACUGCGUGCUGAGUUUCAUCAGAGACAGCGGACACCUGGUCCACAAGGACACGCUGCACUCGGCCAUGGCCGUGGUGUCCCGGCUCUGCAGCAAGAUGGAGCCUCAGGACUCGUCUCUGGAGACCUGCGUCGAGUCCCUGUCCAGCCUGCUCAAGCACGAAGACCACCAGGUUUCAGACGGCGCUCUGCGCUGCUUCGCCUCAUUGGCCGACAGGUUCACCCGCCGCGGCGUGGACCCCGCCCCUUUAGCCAAACACGGGCUGACGGAGGAGCUGCUGUCCCGCAUGGCGGCGGCCGGAGGCACCGUGUCUGGCCCCGCCUCCUCCUGUAAGCCCGGCCGGACCUCCACCGGCGCCGCCCCCUCCGCCCCCGACUCCAAGCUGAGCAACCAGGUCUCGACCAUCGUCAGCCUGCUGUCCACGUUGUGCCGAGGCUCGCCGCUCGUCACGCACGACCUGCUGCGCUCGGCGCUGCCUGACUCCAUGGAGUCUGCUCUGGGGGGGGACGAGCGCUGCGUGCUGGACACCAUGCGGCUGGUGGACCUGCUGCUGGUCCUGCUGUUCGAGGGCCGCAAGGCGCUGCCCAAGUCCACGGCGGGCUCCACGGGGCGGAUCCCCGGCCUGCGCCGCCUGGACAGCUCCGGGGAGAGAUCCCACCGACAGCUCAUCGACUGUAUCCGCAGCAAGGACACCGACGCUCUGAUCGACGCCAUCGACACCGGAGCUUUUGAGGUGAACUUCAUGGACGACGUUGGACAGACGCUGCUUAACUGGGCUUCAGCUUUUGGCACACAGGAAAUGGUGGAGUUUCUAUGUGAGAGAGGGGCGGACGUCAACAGAGGUCAGAGGUCAUCUUCACUACACUAUGCUGCCUGCUUCGGACGCCCACAAGUAGCCAAGACUCUGCUGCGUCACGGAGCGAACCCUGACCUGAGGGACGAGGACGGGAAGACUCCUCUGGACAAGGCCCGGGAGAGAGGACACAGUGAGGUGGUGGCCAUCCUGCAGUCACCUGGAGACUGGAUGUGUCCUGUGAAUAAGGGCGACGACAAGAAGAAGAAAGAUGUGAAUAAGGAGGAGGAGGAGGGCAGCGAGCCCAAAGGAGACCCAGAGAUGGCUCCAAUCUACCUGAGGAGACUGCUGCCUGUUUUUGCACAAACCUUUCAGCAAACCAUGCUGCCUUCGAUUAGGAAAGCCAGUCUGGCUCUGAUCAGAAAGAUGGUUCACUACAGCAGUGAGGUCCUGCUGAAGGAGGUCUGUGACAGCGAGACGGGACACAACCUGCCCACCGUGCUGGUGGAGAUCACUGCUACGGUGCUGGACCAGGAGGACGAUGACGACGGCCACCUGCUGGCGCUGCAGAUCAUCAGAGACCUGGUGGAUAAAGGAGGAGACGUGUUCCUGGACCAGCUGGCUCGGCUGGGCGUCAUCAACAAGGUGUCCACGCUGGCCGGGCCGGCGUCCGACGACGAGAACGAGGACGAAGCCAAACCUGAGAAGGAGGAGGAGGUGCAGGAGGAUGCGAGGGAGAUCCAGCAGGGGAAGCCGUACCACUGGAAGGACUGGUCCAUCAUCCGAGGGAGGGACUGCCUCUACAUCUGGUCUGACGCUGCAGCGCUGGAGCUCUCCAACGGCUCCAACGGCUGGUUCCGCUUCAUCCUGGACGGGAAGCUGGCCACCAUGUACUCCAGCGGGAGCCCGGAGGGGGGGUCGGACAGCUCCGAGUCCCGCAGUGAGUUCCUGGAGAAGCUGCAGCGCGCCCGGAGCCAGGUGAAGCCCGUCACCGCCAGCCAGCCCAUCCUGUCCAGCGUGGGCCCCACCAAGCUCACCGUGGGGAACUGGUCCCUGACCUGCCUGAAGGAGGGAGAGAUCGCCAUCCACAACUCUGACGGCCAGCAGGCCACCAUCCUGAAGGAGGACCUGCCCGGCUUCGUCUUCGAGUCCAACAGAGGAACCAAACACUCGUUCACAGCAGAGACCUCGCUGGGCUCUGAGUUCGUGACGGGCUGGACGGGGAAGCGCGGCAGGAAGCUGAAGUCGAAGCUGGAGAAGACGAAGCAGAAGGUGAAGAGCAUGGCCCGGGAGCUCUACGACGACCACUUCAAGGCCGUGGAGAGCAUGCCCAGAGGAGUGGUGGUCACCCUGAGGAACAUCUCCACACAGCUGGAGUCGGCCUGGGAGCUGCACACCAACAGACAGUGUAUUGAAGGAGAGAACACGUGGAGGGACCUGAUGAAGACGGCUCUGGAGAACCUGAUCGUAGUUCUAAAGGAUGAAAACACAAUUUCUCCGUACGAGAUGUGCAGCAGCGGCCUGGUCCAGGCGCUCUUCACCGUCCUCAACAAUAGUGUGGAACUGGACCUGAAACAUGAUUGUAAGCCUUUAAUGGAGAGGAUCAAUGUCUUUAAGGCGGCUUUCAGCGAGAACGAAGACGAUGAAAGCCGACCAGCUGUUGCCUUAAUCCGUAAACUGAUCGCCGUCCUGGAGUCGAUAGAACGUCUACCUCUGCACCUGUACGACACGCCAGGAUCCUCCUACAACCUGCAGAUCUUGACCAGGAGGUUGCGGUUCCGUCUGGAGCGAGCGCCGGGCGAGACGGCUCUGAUCGACCGAACGGGACGCAUGCUGAAGAUGGAGCCGCUGGCCACGGUGGAGUCUCUGGAGCAGUACCUGCUGAAGAUGGUGGCCAAGCAGUGGUACGACUUCGAGCGCUCGUCCUUCGUCUUCGUGAGGAAGCUGAGGGAAGGACAGACCUUCACCUUCAGACACCAGCACGACUUCGACGAGAACGGGAUCAUCUACUGGGUCGGAACCAACGCCAAGACGGCCUACGAGUGGGUGAAUCCUGCUGCUUACGGCCUGGUGGUGGUGACAUCAUCAGAGGGGCGCAACCUCCCCUACGGCCGACUGGAGGACAUCCUGAGUCGGGAUAGCUCCGCCCUCAACUGCCACACCAAUGACGACAAGAACGCCUGGUUCGCUGUCGACCUCGGUCUCUGGGUCAUCCCCUCAGCCUACACCCUGAGACACGCCAGGGGCUAUGGGCGCUCGGCGUUGAGGAACUGGGUGUUCCAGGUGUCUAAGGACGGUCAGAACUGGACGACUCUGUACACUCACGUGGACGACUGCAGCCUCAACGAGCCGGGGUCUACAGCCACGUGGCCUCUGGACCCGUCUAAGGAGGAGAAGCAGGGCUGGAGGCACAUCCGGAUCAAGCAGAUGGGGAAGAACGCCAGCGGGCAGACUCACUACCUGUCGCUGUCGGGACUGGAGCUCUACGGGACCGUCACCGCCGUCUGCGAGGACCAGCUCGGUAAAGCUGUGAAGGAGGCGGAGGCCAACCUCCGGCGCCAGCGCCGCCUGUUCCGCUCCCAGGUGAUGAAGUACAUCGUCCCCGGAGCGCGGGUCGUCCGCGGCAUCGACUGGAAGUGGCGCGACCAGGACGGCAACCCGUCCGGAGAGGGCACCGUCACCGGGGAGGCGCACAACGGCUGGAUUGAUGUAACCUGGGAUGCUGGCGGCUCUAACUCUUACCGUAUGGGCGCUGAAGGGAAGUUUGACCUCAAGCUUGCUCCAGGGUACGACCCUGAGUCGGCUGCCACAGCGCCGUCACCCAAACCUGUCUCAUCCACUGUUUCAGGCCCCGCCUCCUCCACGGUGGGACCUUCGGCGACGCCGGCGGCCAGCGGCGGCACCACCACCACCACCACCUCCUCCUCGUCCUCCUCCACCUCGUCCUCCUCGCAGCAGCAGUCGUGGAGCAGCCUGGUGAAAAAUAACUGUCCCGACAAGGGCGGGGCCACGUCGCUGGGCGGGGCCAGCUCCUCCAGCAGGAAGGGCAGCAGCAGCUCCGUGUGCAGCGUCGCCUCCUCCUCCGACAUCAGCCUGAGCUCCUCGGUGGGGCUGCCGGGCGCCGGCGGCCUGCGGCUGGAGAGGAGGGCCGAGGGGCUGCUGCUGGACCAGGGACCCGGGGCGGGAGGAGUCCCGGGGGUCGGGGUCGGCCCCGACGGACACCAGCAGGAGCCCGUCGUGGUGCUGUCCUCCGCCACGGAGGGCGGGUCCGGCUCGGCGUCCAGCUCCGGCACGCUCACCGCCGACAUGGCCGCCCCCGGCGACGACGCCAGAAACAAGGACUCUUCGGCCGACCCCGCGGCGGCCAUCUCCAUGGGGCUGGUGAGCGUCAGCUCGCCGGACGUCAGCUCGGUGUCGGAGUCGUCCAGUAAGGACGCUCCGUCCCAGAGGCCUCUCUGCUCCGCCACCAACGCCCGGCUGUCCGUCAGCUCGCUGCUGGCCGCCGGCGCUCCCAUGAGCUCCAGCGCCAGCGUGCCCAACCUGUCGUCCCGCGAGGCCAGCCUCAUGGAGUCCUUCGUCCGCCGCGCGCCCAACAUGUCACGCACCAACGCCACCAACAACAUGAACCUGAGCCGCAGCAGCAGCGACAACAACACCAACACGCUGGGCAGGAACGUCAUGAGCACCGCCACUUCUCCUCUCAUGGGCGCUCAGAGCUUUCCUAACCUCACCACUACUGGCACCACCUCCACCGUUACCAUGUCAACCUCCAUAGUAACCAGCAGCAAUAACGUAGCCACGGCAACCACCGGCCUCUCGGUGGGCCAGUUGCUAAGCAACACCUUGACGACCAGCCUGACUUCCACGUCCAGCGAGAGCGACACGGGCCAGGAGGCAGAGUUCUCGCUCUAUGACUUCCUGGAUAGCUGCCGUGCUAACACGCUAUUGGCCGAGCUGGACGACGAGGAGGACCUCCCGGAGCCGGACGACGACGACGACGAGAACGAAGAUGACAAUCAGGAGGACCAGGAGUACGAGGAGGUCCUGGUAAUGAUGAAUAAUGUUUUUAUAUAUCUAUCUAUAUAUAUGUGUGUGUGUAGAGUGGCGGUGAGUAAAGGAAGUGGCGUGGCGCCGUUCCCACAGGAGGAGGAGGAGUACGAGACCAAAGGAGGUCGAAGGAGGACGUGGGACGACGACUUCGUCCUGAAGAGGCAGUUCUCCGCUCUGGUCCCCGCCUUCGACCCGCGACCCGGCAGAACCAACGUCCAGCAGACCACAGACCUGGAGAUCCCGCCGCCAGGAACUCCUCGCUCCGAGGUCCAGGAGGAGGUGGAGUGUGCUCCGUCUCCUCACCUCUCGCUCACCCUGAAGGUGGCGGGGCUGGGGACGACCCGGGAGGUGGAGCUUCCUCUCUCCAACUACAAGUCCACCAUCUUCUACUACGUCCAGCGGCUGCUGCAGCUCUCCUGCAACGGCGCCGUGAAGACGGACAAGCUGCGGCGCAUCUGGGAGCCCACGUACACGAUCAUGUACCGAGAGCUGAAGGACUCCGACAAAGAGAAGGAGAGCGGCAAGAUGGACGUGUGUGAGCACAGCAUCAGUAUAUCCGGCGGUCGCUCCGGCGGCCUGAGCCCGAGCUCCGUCUCAGCCAAUCAGAGCAGUGAGAUCCUGGGCGUGGCCCGCGAGAUCGCUCAGGCGAAGGCGGGCUGCAGCCAGAACGCCUGCGGGGUCGAAGACGUCCUGCAGCUGCUGAGAAUCCUUUACAUCAUCGGAGGAGACGGGACAGCCAACAGCCGCACGCUGCAGGAGGAUUUUGACGAGCUUCAGUUCAACGCGUCUCCAGAAGAAUUCACCAGCAAGAAGAUCACAACCAAGAUCCUGCAGCAGAUCGAGGAGCCUCUAGCUCUGGCCAGCGGAGCGCUGCCUGACUGGUGUGAGCAGUUGACCUCCAAGUGUCCGUUCCUGAUCCCCUUCGAGACGCGGCAGCUCUACUUCACCUGCACAGCGUUUGGAGCGUCCAGGGCGAUCGUGUGGCUGCAGAACCGGCGGGAGGCGACCAUGGAGCGCUCGCGGCCGUCCACCACGGUGCGGCGGGACGACCCCGGCGAGUUCCGGGUCGGCCGGCUCAAACACGAGAGGGUGAAAGUCCCGCGAGGAGAAGCCAUGAUGGAGUGGGCGGAGUCAGUCAUGCAGCUGCACGCAGACAGGAAGUCGGUGCUCGAGGUGGAGUUCCAGGGCGAAGAGGGGACCGGUCUGGGUCCCACGCUGGAGUUCUACGCUCUGGUGGCUGCAGAGUUCCAGAGGACGUCUCUGGGCAUCUGGCUCUGUGACGACGACUUCCCCGACGACGAGUCCCGACAGGUGGACCUGGGCGGCGGUCUGAAGCCUCCCGGGUUCUACGUGCAGCGCUCCUGCGGCCUGUUCCCGGCGCCGUUCCCUCAGGACAGCGAGGAGCUGGAACGCAUCACCAAGCUCUUCCACUUCCUGGGCGUCUUCCUGGCCAAGUGCAUCCAGGACAACCGUCUGGUGGACCUGCCGGUCUCCCAGCCCUUCUUCAAGCUGCUCUGCAUGGGGGACAUCAAGUCCAACAUGAGCAAGCUGCUGUACCAGAGCCGCAGCUCGCCGCAGGACGCCGUGGAGCGCUCGCAGCCCUUCCUGCUGCUGUCGGAGCUGCAGUCGGAGGCCUCCACCGAGGAGAGCCAGGAGACCUACUCCCUGGGCCAGGAGACCUACUCCCUGGGCAGCUUCGACGAGGACUCCAAGUCUGAGUUCAUCAUGGACCCCCCGAAACCAAAACCACCAGCCUGGUACCACGGCAUCCUCACCUGGGACGACUUCCAGCUGGUCAACCCCCACAGGGCGAGUUUCCUGAAGGAGGUGAAGGAGCUGGCGGUGAAGAGGAGGCAGAUUGUGUCC